AAAAAACCUCUGAUCACCAACGCGUCAUAUAAUGUUUCAGCGCAUGCCCCUCCUCCUGUCUCGUUUUGCCCCCCCCCUCCCCCCUCUCCCUCAUUCAACCUCUCCUUUGACUCGCGGAGGCGGCUCGCCACUGGCGCACGGACCGCGGAGGAUACGGCCAGAAGAUGGCUGACUUAGCCGGGCACCGCAAACCCUCGGCGGGAUCACCAGCGUCACACGGGCCGCUGAAAAGCCGCAAGACCUCCGCCGUCUGUCAACUGUAAACAGCAGCCGCUGCCCCCCCCCCUUCCCUCCCUCUCUCUCUCUCCCACCCCGUAUCUCACCCCUCCUCACCGCAAAUAUUGACAGAAGUAUCUCAGAGAAAACAUGGCAGAGAUGGAAAAAGAGGGCAGACCUCCGGAAAAUAAAAGAAGCCGAAAACCAGCCCACCCGGUGAAAAGGGAAAUAAAUGAAGAGAUGAAGAGCUUUGCAGAGAGCACCAUGAACGAGCUGCUGGGCUGGUACGGCUACGACAAGGUGGAACUGAGAGACUCUGACAACCUGGAGAUGGGGGAGACGCCGCAGCACAUCUCCGUCCUCAAGGAAAACUUGUUGCCAAAAAUUCCAACUUCAACGGAGAGCAGCGAAGGCUCUCCGGAUCGAGCCAACAGCUCCCAGUCUCUGCCAGCCUCCAGGAACGGAGUCACAGAGUCCUCCAGCACAGCGUCCACCUCCAUGCACAGCACCAAGGAGCAUGGCAGCCUGCCCAUCAUAGUCCCCAUGAUCCCCCCGCCAUUGAUCAAGCCCCCUGCAGAUGAAGAUGCAUCCAACAUGCAGAUCAUGUGCGCCUGGUGCCAGAAGGUCGGUGUCAAACGCUAUUCUCUGAGCAUGGGGAGUGAGCUGAAGAGCUUCUGCAGCGAGAAGUGCUUUGCCGCCUGCCGCAGGGCUUAUUUCAAGAGAAACAAGCUGGGAUAUAUAAGGAAUUACGCUGCGAGAGACGACGGUGGCCUCGGUGGGAAAUUACCCCAGCACAGCUUUACUCAGGACACGCCCAGGCUUGUCUUCAAGACAAACAGCGAUGUGCUUGUGUGUGACUGGUGCAAACAUAUACGCCACACUAAGGAGUACCUGGACUUUGGUGCGGGUGAGCGGAGACUGCAGUUCUGCAGUGCCAAAUGCCUGAACCAAUACAAGAUGGACAUUUUCUACAAGGAGACCCAGGCAGCACUGCCAGGAGCAUUGUGUAACCCGGGUCACGGGGCGAGUGGGGAGGGUAAGAUGGACUGCGGUGGAGGGGUGCAGCUCCUCACUCCUGAGUCCUGGGGGACGCCGUUAACAGACAUGCGGCGGAAGGCUCCCUCACCAGGAGGCCCUUCUUCCACCUCUGCAUUGGCCCCGUCCUCUGCCGCCUCACCCUGCGACACUGCUGCCCACUGCUCUCCAUCCUUAUCCUCCUCAGCCAAGAUCCCCACACCCAGACCCCAUGAGAGCCCCACACUUCACCCCCCGCCUGUUCCCAGUUUGCACCCGCCUGUCGGGGUUCCUCCCGGUAGCCCUCCUAUGGUGAUGACGCCCCGGGGACCCAUGCCCCUGCCGCUGUUCAUGGAGCAUCAAAUGAUGCAGCAGAUGCGUCCACCAUUCCUUCGACCCUCGGCCCACCAAGGGGGUUCCCAUAGCCCCCUGUCAAACCCUAUCAUCCCUGGUAUUGGUCCACCACCUCCCCCUAGGUCCAUGGGCUCAGCAUCAAGCCCCAUGCACAGACCCCUGCUGUCUCCCCAUGUCCACCCCUCAUCCAAUCCUAACCCUGGCAUGAUGCCCCCCCACCCAGGUUUCUCCAUGCCCGGGCUGCCCCCUUUCCCCCCAGUCAACAUGAUGCCCAAUGGACGAUAUCCUCUGCCCCCAAUGAUGAACUUUGGCAUGCCUUCCUUGGCCCCAUUGGUUCCCCCGCCAACUCUCUUGGUCCCCUACCCUGUCAUUGUACCACUCCCAGUUCCAAUCCCAAUUCCAAUCCCAAUUCCCUUUAACCCCAGAACUUCCAGGGACCAGCCGGAGAGCAGGGGCCACUUUUUUAGUGCUCCAGAAUCCUCUGAAGCUUCAUCUUUUUGGCACAACUCUCCAGGGUCUUCUGGGGAUGACAGAGGGGAACAGAAAAUAGAUCCGGCUGUUGCAGAGCGUCUCUCUCCAAUCCGCUCAGAGGAAAGCAGAAUGGCGCUAGUGGACUCGGCUGUCAAGGCAGAGGACAAUUUGGGUACCACCUGUAUUUUAAGCGGCCCCGCACCGACGGAGGGGGUUAUUGAUCUAACUGUGGGCCAGCGGCCAUGCCAACAGCAGGUAAUUCAGAGGGUGCUAACUGGAGUCCAAGUCAAAGUAGAGGCAGAGGCUGAAUCAAGAUCCCCACCGUCUGCUGGCCUGAGCUGGGAAGGGAGAAGCAGUCAUGAUGGGGGGGGAGGGGCCCUUCCUCAGGGGUCUCUCGGUGCCACGGAACUGGAAGGGGCAACACACCCAAACACACUGGAAUUAUCAGGCCCUCCCUCCAAUGAUAGCAGUCCUCCGUCCCAUAAUGAUUCUGCAGUGAGCCAGCGAACUCCCUGUAUCUUUAACAGUACCACACCACCCUUGCCCAGCACAGCACAUCCCCAGCCCCAAACCCUGCCCCACCUCCAAGCCAGCCCCGCUGCCCCGUGUAAUGUCAUAGUCAAUGGUACGGGGUGGCAUUCACUUCUUGCCCCUGCCUUUGAGUCUCACGCCGACCGAAGAGGAGACAGCGUUGCAGGAGAAGGAGAGUCAGAGGAGCGGCCAGCCAAUGGCGAGCUGGAGCACGAGGCGCUGAAAGAGAACAAUUGCUCAGCUGGAGAAUGGGAGCGGGGGAAGCGGGGCUUGGUGCAAGACAACACGGCCGACGCAUUGGAGGGUAAGCCGGAUCCUGACUCCAACACAGAGGAGGGCGAGCACGCCUACGGCAUACCGCUGCUGUCUACGGGAGGCUGUGUGGUCAUCCAGCCUGUGCCAAAGCCCGGCGCCGACAAGACGACCAUCCUGUCCUGCUCCAUCAGCUCCCCUUUGUCAGCAGACGGGACCGCCGAGCUGGAGCCGCCGCUGAAGAGGAGGUGUCUGCGAAUCCGCAAUCAAAACAAAUGAGAUGACGCUCUGAGGACCACAGUGCCAUCAACGACACUCACUCGCCCCCUCCCCCUUUCCCUCCCCCGCCCCCAGCCACAGAUUCCCGCACCUCCCGACUAUCGCCGCACACGUCACACACGUUUUUCUCGUCCUCGUUCAUCACCCAGUCCACCAGCACCACAAAUCGCCUUCUGACGACUGAUGAGAGUCUACCCGAGGCGUCGAGGUGCGACGCGGCGCCGGACUGAACUUCUACGUGCUUGAUGACGUGGCCAGUCGGAUCACUCGGCCUCGCCCCGCCGCUUCUGUCCUCGUUUCCAGACUCUCAGCCCACACUGCCCCUGAUACCUCACUCGCUCCCCCCUAUCAAAGCAAGUGCCCUGCAUGUUGUCUGCCGCUAUGGAAGGAACACCAGGGCGAUUAGAGAAGGAGCCCCAAAAAAGUGAUUUCUAUCCCUGAAAGAAAUAAUGUUUUGUUCCAACCAGGGAGCCGCAGGUACAAAUCUGCGCCAGUGAGAUCUGCUCUAUCUAACCAGCAAAAAGAAAUUGUACUUGGCAACCUGACACAAAGCGUUCUGGAUGGGUGGUUGCUUGAAAGGAAAAUGACAAGCGUGAGUAAUGAUAAUGCAAUAUGACUGAAGGGUCAUUUUUAAAGAGAUGUUUCAAUCAGAGGCUGGGAAACUGUCCUUGGACAUAAAAUCACCAGUUGUAUUGAGAAUUAUUCCCAGCGCACGAGAGGAUCAAAUAUUAACCUUCACCAGCAAGUGAUGGUACGUGGGUCAUACAAUCUACAAUGUAUUUUUUUCCUUCUUCCUUGUUUUCUCUUAAACUUCACUGAAUUGAAAUGUUGGGACAGUGUUGUCAUGAUAAUCAUUCUUUGACAUUUCUAAACCCUCUGGAAUGUCUGUGAACGGUGAGCCGUCCCGGUACCGAGAAAUAGCUGUCGUUUGAGAACAUUUCAGCACGUUUGCUGCGCCUCCAAAACAACCGGGACGGCGACACUCAAACUGCUGAGGCUACUUGCUCCCGCGGGAUAAGGCUUCAUCUUUUCUAAAAUACAUUACCUGAGAUGUUCAUGAAAUGGGCUAGUUUGAGACUGACUGCACUGAAUUUAAAGGGUGGUUGAGGGAAGCCAACUUUCUUUUCAUCCAUAAUUAUUUUGGGACCUGGGGGAACACAAUUUCUUUUUUAGAAAUCAUUUUUCAGAAAUAUUUUCAAACGUUGCCUCUCACUUGUACACCAGUCCUGCCAAGCAGCUUGUUUUUUCUUUUUUUUGACCAAUUAUCAUUUUAGAGCCAUGCGUUGUCCGUUAUUCAGUAGCAUGCUCCAUGUGCAACAUUUUGGGGCGAGCCAUCGUGUUUGAUCUGCUCCAGUCACACCGCGUCCAGCUGGGACGGUCUAACAAAGCCAGCAUUUAGUUUAAUCUCCUAUGGAGAAGGGUACGAUGUACCGCUGCAAGACAAGUUAUCAUCAAAUGCCAAAGGCCUAUGAUGCAAUGAAAGAAAACAUGUCACCUGGUCAGCAGGCUUUUUUUAGAGAAAAUGGGAAUUUUUAAUUGAAGAUUUGACCAGAUAAUUUGUAGUUGCCAAAAUAAAAGCACUUAAAAUAAAGGAUGAUAAAGGAGAAUACAAGUGGAAUGACCGGGUUGUCUCUCUUUAAGGUUUACUCCAUCCAUAAAGGCCUAUGAUGUUACACUACAAAGUGAGGCAAAAUACAAAUCAAAUACAAAAAUAUUAUGUGUGUCCCCUGCCAUCUCACAGUUUCCCGCCGCAGCCUUUGAUUUAUUUCUUUUUGGUCACAGUUUGACACUGUGUGGUCCUUUCUUUGUCCUAAAGAGACCUGGCACUUAACACAUAAUCACAAAUCACAAGCAUACCGACAGUCUUUAUGUGGCACACACGGACACACACAAAAUGCAUUUAGUACAUUUAACCGUGGGUACGUGUUUGUGUGAGGCAGGUGCAAGCAGAGAGCCCAGCUGAGAUUACACAGUGUUGACUCAGACUCUGUUACUCAGGCAUUUAGGCUCAGCUUGCCGCUUGCCAAGGCCCAGCUUCGGUAUCACUUUCAGCACUUCUUUGCCCCUACUGGGGCAGGGAAAAUGCUCAUUUUUAUGGCGGCUUCUGCUGUUUUGUCAACCUCCUGCUUAAAGGCAUUUGUCCAUAAUUGGCUACAAUGCUUUCUGUAGUUAUUUUGCAAGGUAAGCAUAUGCAUCUUUCAAAUAUUGAACAAAUGCACCCUUACUCCAAGAUUUCCCUUUGGCAGCUGUCUUAUCCAGAAUCCAGAAGCCAGGGCUGAUGUCACAAAGAAACUGGACACUGUAGUUUCUAAUGUCUGUAAUAUGGGAGUGAUACAAAGCCGAGGCCACAGCCAGGAUAUUUAGAGGUCAUUAUCCCCCCCAACAUACCCCUCACCAUUCUGACCAGGAGUCAAUAUCUCUUAACGCUAUUAAAUGUAUUUAUUCAGUUGUUUGUUCAGUUAUACUUUUUGCAAAUGUAACAUCUUAUCAAGCGUGUAAAACACCCACCGUGCGCAGGUUUUGGGAAUAUAAUGUCGAUACUCCCAGGUGGCAAAAACACAGAGGACACGAUCUGCUGAAUGGCAGCCACUGACACGGGUCCUUUGUCUGAGGCUGAACAUUUGUUAAUGAGCCAGGCGGUUAAAAAGUGUGCAGGAGGGUGGACGACUAUCAUGUUGGGUGAGGAAGACAAAGUUUUCAAAUGGUUUGCCCUUUUGUUUGCAGCUCCAAGCUAACCUCUUAGCACACAGUGCUAGCAUUUUCAAAAAAGAGUGUUGUCGAAAUGGGAAAAGAAAGGUGAUGAUGUUGUAGGACUGAUGUAGGCUGAUCAAUAAUUUUGUCCUGCUAGCAAUUGAGACAGAUGAUGCCUGCGUGGGGGCCCAUUGCCAUAAAGUGUAUCGAGAACAUUGAUGUUAAUCAGAGGAAGAGCCCUUUUCCCAUUUGGACUCUCCAUGAGCUGUCCUCUAGCGCCACCCUCAGGACAAAACAUUUUAAAUUAAUAGCCAGAUUUCCACUAAAGGGAUAACUUAAUUUUUUGUCAAAUACACUGAGAGGCUUUCUUUCUGAUGGCUAAAUGCGGAGAUUGUUCCCACUGUGCCAGUUGUCGUUUAGCUUAGCUUAGCAUAAAAACUGGAAAUGGAAAAAAUAGCUCGCCUGGCUCUGUCCAAAGACAAAAAUGUUAAAUGAUAAAUACAAUUGUUUGUUCCCAGUGUUUAUGCUAAGCUGGUCGGCUGCAGUUUAAUAAGGCGGAUAUCGUUGACAUGAGAGCCUAACUCUCACCUGGAAAUCCUGGAUUAUACUGAAUCAGCCUUUUGCCAGCAUUCCUCUCUUUGAUAACGGACUGCAGACCUCGUCAACAGCCUGAAUUAUGCAAUGACAGCUAACCCCAACCCCAAUGUAGACGAGGGACCCACAGAUAAAAUAAAACAUGAGACACUCCUUGUCAUACUUUUCAGAAACAAACAGAGAAGUUGCCUUAACUUUUGCUUGUAUAAUCCAUUCAGUUACGAUAAUGAUGCUCGCCUGUCAGGAAGACGCUCCCUUCUUUGUACAAAAUGAAAUGUAACAGAAACAACAACGACUUUGUUAUCUCGCUAGUGUCAAUGUAUAGAUAAUCAGCUUUUUCUGUAACUUGUAUGGACUGUCACAUUUUUGCUAAAAAGGAAACCCUCCUCCCAACUCCCUCGUUCCCAAACAUUCGAUCUGUUCAACGUUUUGACUUGUGGUGGACUGUCAAUCUUUUUGUGUACAUUUUAUAGUAUUAUUUAUUGUUGACAAGGUUUUGCAUUUGCAAAUAAUAAAUUAAAAAAAGUAAAAUAAAAGUAGAGGUGAUUUGACCUGAGCAUUGGAUUGCGAUGUAAAUGCCUGGUGAACACUGAAUUUCUUUUUUAACUAUUAAAAAUGGAGAAAACAGCGACACGAGGAGACGAUCUCCUGUCUUUUAUUAUGACGUUGUAACAUGUACAUAACAUGUGGCCAAAUUUGCUUUGAAUCUUUUUUUGUGUUGUAACAGUAUUUGUUUUAUCCAGUGAAUUGCUCAUGAAGACAAAUAAAUAAGAGGCACACAACCUUGUGUCA